AUGUCCCGGUUCUCGGUUCUUAUCAUAACCCUUCUUAGCCUUCUAUCCCUCUCUCCAAACCCCACCUUCUCAAUCUCACUCCAAUUUCCAAACCUCAACUCCCCAUCCAAAACACUCGUAGCAGCAGACGCUCACUUCACCGGAGGAGAUGCAGACGCCGCCGUUCAACUCAACUACCCAACGCCCUCAAGUUACGGCGUUAUCUUACCCAAUACCCCCCCUUUCAUCUUCAACUCUUCAACCUCCUUAUCUUCACACUUCACUUUCCAAAUCGGUAACAACCUUGCACUGGUAAUCAUUCCUUCUAAGUUCGCUACAAACUUGUCGUUUGAGGUUUUAGAUGCUAAUAGAUUACUGGGUAUCGAGUUUUAUGCCAAUGUAUGUACAAUAUUAUCUUCUAGGGUUAGCAAUGUUUCGAAAAUUAGUAAUGUGUUGGAGGGUGGGGUGAAAUUAUCAUCUUGGAUUGAUUAUCGUGCGAUUUUAAAACGGCUAGAUGUUAGGGUAAGUAGAUUAGGUGAUCCGAAGCCGGUUGAACCGUUGAUUUCUUAUCGUCUGGAUUUGGGGGAAAUUUUGAAAGGUGAAGAGGUUUUGUUGGGUUUGGUAUCUUUUAAGUAUGAGGAGCAGGAGGAGGUUACGUUUGUGUACUCGUGGAGUUUGGAAGUUAAGGAUUUUCCGAAAUGGGUGCAUUCGAUUCCGGUUAAUCCGGAAGGGUUUUCGAGUGUGCGGGAUUCGAAGAAAGAAGGUGGUUUGGUUUCCGGGUUUGUGUUGGCUAUGGGUUGUGGAGCGUUGGUGGCUUUGGUUAUGUUGUUUGUGUGGUCGUAUGUUGUUGAUAGGCGAAAAGUUGAAGGGGACAUUUGCGAUCACGCUGGUGAGUUUAAGUAUGAAAAGAUAGAUGUGCUUGAAGGGAAGAAUGUAGCUGGUAGGAAGUGA